UUUUACAUGCACUGGGAUCAAUUUUCGGUAGACCGUUGCAAACAGACCAGGCCACUGCUGCUAGGACUCGUCCUUCUGUUGCUAGAGUACUGGUGGAAGUUGACAUCUCUAAAAAGCAUUCUAAGGAAGUGUGGGUCGGCUCAAAGGCUUACGGCUAUUUGCAAAAGGUUGAAUUGGAAAAAGUUUCAGAAUUUUGUAACCACUGUAAAAUGCACGGUCAUGCACAAGUUGAUUGCUUUAAAUUGAACCCGGAGCUUAAGAAGUCUGCUAUUUCUAAUAACGGGAAUCCUGGACCUACUGAGAAUAAACAAGUAUAUGUCCUUGUUCAUGAUAAUAAAGAAGGUAAUAUUACUUCUGUGGAACCGCCUCCCUCUCCCUUGGCUCAAGUGGAAGAGAUCGAUACUCUGACAGAUAACGGUAAAGGGGAAGUGGGCAAUUUGGAUAUGCCUGUGGAUGUUUUAAAUACCUCUAAUGAUGUUAUAUUAGACUCUACUACUGACAUUUCUAAAACUGAUCCUAAACUUUUUAUUUUGAUUGAUGAUAUGCUUAAUGAUAUGCCUACUAUUUCAAACUCUGUGGCUAUUGAAAAUGUUUUACUUUCGAGACAGGAUCUUGAUCAAACUAAUAAAGAUGGAGAGGAGGUGGAUUAUGAGCAUUAUGAAGAAGGUGAAAUUGUGCCUCCCUCUAAAACCGGAAAUGAAUCGCCUUAUAAACAUGGUACGGUUUCUUCUUCUAUUGCUAAAAAAAGUAAGGAGGAUUAUUUGAUAACUGAAGAGGAGUUUUCUAUGAAAUGA